ACAUGGAUUUCAAGUUUCCGAGAAACGGCUACGAUGAAUGGCGUGUCCUCAUGUCCAAGUCUGCGAGAAACUGCUGAGCUCGAAGUUUCAGCAUCACACAACAAGAAUCAACAUUAACAAAAUUUUGUACAUAUUUUUCUGCAUUUUUUACAUAAUCAUUUUUCGCGGAUAUAUUUAAGGUUCAAGGAACGAGACUACGAGACAAUGUUACAGGACGUGGUGAAUCAUCCCGAACAACAACUUCCCAUUGAGGACAUUUCUAGCCCGCUUAGUGCUCAAAUUCUAGAAUUUUGUGAAUCUGAAUUGUUUCCAGAAACACUGCAGAACUCAGAAGUUGCUUCGAGCUCAAACGGAUGCUAUGAGGAGCACUCUUCAUAUACGACCAACCUUACUUUUAGUACUCCAGAAGCCAACAAAGAUAACAUAGCUAACAAUGUCACGAACAAAACAUUUACAAAUACACCUCCUAUUACUGCGAAUAACAACACUAAUAUAAGCAAUCUCUCCAUAAUCUUUGAUUCCACUGAAGAUCUUGACAAUGAUAUCUCUGCUUCCAUAGACUUUUCUUCCUCUCCUACACUUUCUGUUCCUCAAUUUCUCAAUGGUCAGCAGGAACAAUUUGAUAUAUCUUUGCUGCAAAAUCAGAUUGGACUGGCUGAUAAUGCUGUUGAUGCCGCUCUCUCACAGUAUGCGAAUGACCCUGCUGUACCUCAGCUUAUGGGGCCACCAUUUCCUGCAAUUAAUGAAGAUGAAUGCUUAUCUUCAAUGCCAUCUUACAUGAGGAUGAAUCCUACAUCGCCUGCCUGCUCGCUUCUUGAUCUGGGAAUAAAUUCAUAUCUUCCUAGUAAUCUCAAUCGUACUCUUUCCACUGAAAAUUCUGGGAUCUUUACAGGGAAUUUGUUUCUUGGAACUGAUCUGCAGCCUCAAGAAUUGGAAUAUCAAGGAGAUAAUGGUGGCAUUUUCUGUACAGAACCUCUGCCACGUGGAUAUAAUAGCGAUCUUCAGACACUGAGCAGCGAGAGCCAGCAUCUCGUUAACAGUGGUGCAAAUUCGACUCCUCUGGCUUCUGAGCUUACAAACUUGGAAGAUUCAACAUUCAAAGUAGGGAAACUCUCAGUUGAGGAAAGGAAAGAAAAGAUCCAUCGUUACAUGAAGAAAAGGAACGAGAGGAAUUUCAGCAAGAAAAUUAAGUAUGCUUGUCGAAAGACUCUAGCAGACAGCCGCCCUCGUGUCAGAGGAAGGUUUGCAAAGAACGAUGAUUUUGGAGAGAACACUAGAACUACAUGUGGCAUUCAUGAAGAUGACACAGAUGACGACAUGAGAUCAAUUCAUGUUGUUGUUAAAGAAGAAGAUGAAAUGAUCGAUUCUUCGGAUAUAUUUGCACAUAUAAGUGGUGUGAAUUCAUUCAAAUGCAACUAUUCCAUCCAAUCCUGGAUAUGAGGCAUUAUGGAAUGAAGCACAUCUUCUACAGUUUUAGUCAGGGCCCUGCUUCCAUCAGGAUAGAGUACUGAUCCUGGAAUAAAACAGGACAUAAAUAAUUGAGGGCCAUAUUAUGGCAUUUUGUAAUCAUUUUCUCUGUAAUGCACCAGGUUAGCUAAUAUAAUAGGUAGUACAACAAUAAGAACUGUAAUUUUGUACAUAAUACUAUUGUAUUUUAAUACUCCAGCACUGUAAAUGUAACCAAGUAAAUAUUUAGUUGUUCUGUAAAUAAA